AUGGCCGUCACGUCGUACCCGUCCAUCCAGCGCAUCGACCGAUCCGAUGUCGAGGGCAUCAUCAACGCCCUGACUAAGGACGGCGGUUGCAUCGUCAAGAACUUUACAGAUGCAGCCACCGUCGACCAGGUCAACGCUGAGACACGCCCAUAUUUAGACGCAGAUCUGCCCUGGAAGGGUGAUUUAUUCCCCCCCGAGACUCGCCGCUGUGCGAAUCUCGCCCGCCGCAGCAAGACAGUCCGCGAGAAGUGGCUCGUCGACCCCUUGAUCCGCGCCUGCAACGCCAAGUUCGUCGACAAGACGACGUCCAACUACUACGGCGAGACCAAGCACACGUACACCAGCGAGGCCGUGUGCAGCAUCGCCGUGACGUUUGAGAUUGGCCCCGGCGGCAAGGCACAGCGCCUGCAUCGCGACGACAAGAACUACCACGUGCACCACCCGGACCAGACGCAGACCGGCUACCAGGUCGGCACUGAUGUGAUGAUGGCGUUUCUGGUCCCGGGUGUCAAGACGACUGUCGAGAACGGCGCGACUCUGGCGAUCCCCGGAAGCCACCUCUGGAGUUCGGACCGCGUUCCCAAGACUGAAGAAGCCCUCUAUGCCGAGAUGGACAUUGGCGACUGCUGGAUCAUGCUCGGCGGACUGUAUCACGCCGGCGGCGCAAACGUAACCCAGCUCGAGAAGCGAUCAGUGCACGGCAUGUUCUUCAUUCGUGGCUACCUCCGACAGGAGGAAAACAUCUAUCUAGCAACCCCUCCAGAAGAAGUUCUGACUUGGUCUGAGAAGGCCCAGAAGGCACUCGGAUACACACUGUCCAGUCCGAAUAUUGGCUUUGUCGAGUUCUUUUCGCCCAUACCGUAUUUGAAGGGGGAGCGUAACACCAUGGGCGAUUUCGAUGCGUCGCAAGAGAAGAAGGAAUAAUUAUUUUGAUAGCGAUAGAAAUGUUAAACAC